GCUAGACUUCCUGUUAGCAGUAGUCUUUUGUGGAAGAGCAUUUUAGUGAAAUCCACAGUAAACAGUCAUGUCUGAGGCUACAGUGCAGUAGUGUUCGGUUAUUUCUUUAUCGUUUGUUUAUUUAAGUUCUUAUUUGGUCAGAUGUGCAUGCCGAAGUUGAGGUUUCUGUUCAUGGAUAUUUUAAUACUCAUGUACCCAUGACCAUGUCGCCAGUGUUUAUGGUAUUUGCCCUAAUUGCUGCCUCUCUGUGCUUCGGUGGAGACUGUUUAGAUAAGUGCCAGAUACCACCCUUGCCUGAUAAUCAGAUGCUUGCCACAAAUCAGUGUUUAGCAGGCUACUUCUUCAAAAAAAAAUGCCCAAAUUCAGAUUCUCUGUUUAUCUGUGAGAAAUGUCAAAACGGGACAUACAUAGAAUAUAAAAACAAACACUAUGUCUGCUUCCCGUGCAAUGUCUGUAAACAAGAUGAGAUUAUGAAAACUGAUUGUACGAAUCAAAAGAACCGGGAAUGUGUCUGCAAAGGUGGGCUUUACCGGACUCAGGUGUACUCUCAUGAUACGUGUGAAAACUGUACGAAAUGCACAGACUGUACCAAGUGCCCUGAAUGUAAAGGUAAUUGUGACAAGAAGUGUGUGCAUGGCCAGUUCUUGGAUCACACGGGAAAAUGCCAACUGUGUGCUGAUUACAAUUGCAUGGAUAAGUCCUGUAAAUCCUUUUGUGACAAAGUUCUGAUUCCCUUGGAAAAAUGGGUUCUGCCCGUUGUGAUCACGCUGUCCACUGUGGUGCUGUUUGCUUUGUUUUGCUUCGUUUGUGAAUCCAGUAGGAGGAGACAGCUUGGCUGCUGGGCUCAAGUAAAGAAUAUGAAUGAAAGACCUGCUGAUGAUGAUGGAGUUCCACUAAACAUGCCUCCUUUACCUGACCAGCCUGCAGGCCAGCCCACCAUUUAUCUGCCACUGAACAUGAUGCCAGGAAGUGUAGUGAAAGAUCCAGGGACAAGAGACCAACUAAAAUAUUUAGACUCGGACAGGACUCGACAAACCACAGCUCCACUUAUCGAUAACGGAGAGAUGAAAGAGCUGACCCUAGUAGAGCCGGAGAAGGAGUUGUGGCCGGCCCCGAUGCUUUACAUCAUCAUCAGACAGGUUCCUGUGCGGCGCUGGAAGGAGUUCUUACGGUUGCUUUCCCUAUCUGACGAUCAAAUGGAGCGAGUGGAGCUAGAGGCGAGAGGAUCCUAUUUGGAGCUGCAGUAUCAGAUGCUGCGUCUCUGGACCCAGAUGACUGGAGCAUGCCUGGAGAACAUCUACUCUACACUACAUUGUAUGGACCUGUCAGGGUGUGCAGAGGAUCUGCAGGAGAAGCUGCAGCAGUUGCAUGACACCUUGGUCUAGAUGAGUCUGUGAACUUUUACCGCUCAUCAGGCCCGAUGCUUUAGUGUUCUCACUCACUCCGAAUCUGAAUGUCUGACACGGUUUGGAACGGGUUUAUUUGUAUACUUUGCAAUUGUACAACCUACAAGAACUAUUGUUCAAACAGAGUGUAUUUCAGAUAUGUAACGAAUAAGAAGCAGCGUUGUUGUUGAUCUGAAAUGUACUAUAAAGGGCACAUAGAGUAUAUAAAGAGAUAACUCAUUAUUGAACUGUACAUUAUACUUGCCACAGGUAUUGGGGCAGCACUCCAUGAGGAUAGGUUUAAGCUAGUCUGUGUGAAGCCAUAAAGGUUUCCCUAAGUACACAGUAAAAAUGUCAGGGGUUUAAAAGUGAUGUUACUGAGCACCAGCUGGUGUUUUUUCGGUACUGUAUUUGUUCUACAAUCAGAUCUGUAGGUUUUAAAAACCAUUAAAUGUUGAAUGAUUAUACAUCCAUGGCCACAAGCGGUAGGCUGAGGGUGAAGUACAGUAUGUGACAUUUCUGAACGUCACACUGGCUCUUUACAUGCAUGUAUUAUGAUAAUAAUUUGGGGUCAUGUUACCUUUGGUGUUUUUGUGUCUAACCUUCGUACUUUUUGUAGAAUAAAAGUAUUAGCUUAAAUGCAUGUGUGUGUGUGUGUGUGUGUGUGUGUGU